AUGGACAUAGAUACAGACGUCCAGAUGGAAGACGCCGUUACGGCUCAUGAUGACAGUCUUGUUGAUGAUGACCACAACUCAUCUUCUUCCGAAUCGUUUGAUUUCUCGAUGAACCAGAAAUAUUCGCGGGCAAAUGAGGCCCCUGGGUCGAACAUCGACACCUUGGAUGCAUGGAUCGCCCAGCUUAGCGAGUGCAAGCCUUUGAGUGAGGAGUCAGUGAAGAAACUGUGCAACAUGGCCAUCGAUGUUCUCAAGUACGAGGAGAACGUCCAGCCAGUGAACGUUCCUGUCACGAUAUGUGGUGACAUUCACGGUCAAUUCCACGACUUGAUGGAACUGUUCAAGAUUGGAGGUCCAUGUCCGGACACGAACUAUCUGUUUAUGGGUGACUACGUUGACAGAGGUUACUACUCUGUCGAGACUGUGAGUUAUCUGGUUGCCAUGAAGGUGAGGUAUCCUAAGAGAAUCACCAUUCUGAGAGGAAACCACGAAUCCCGUCAGAUAACACAGGUUUACGGAUUCUACGAUGAGUGUUUCCGCAAAUACGGCUCUGCAAGCGUAUGGAAACUAUUUACUGAUCUGUUUGAUUACUUUCCCAUCACCGCCCUCGUGGAGAACAAAAUUUUCUGUCUCCACGGUGGACUGUCCCCAAUGAUUGAAACAAUUGACCAGGUUAGAGAGCUGAACAGAAUCCAGGAAGUGCCACACGAGGGUCCUAUGUGUGACCUUCUGUGGUCAGACCCGGAUGACAGAGGCGGAUGGGGAAUCUCGCCCAGAGGUGCCGGUUUCACCUUUGGCCAAGACAUCAGUGAGCAGUUUAACCACACCAACGAUCUUUCACUGGUGGCCAGAGCUCACCAGCUUGUGAUGGAGGGUUAUUCGUGGUCACACCAGGAUCUCGUGGUGACCAUCUUCAGUGCUCCAAACUACUGCUACAGAUGCGGAAACCAGGCAGCCAUCAUGGAGGUUGACGAGUCUCACGAGAGGAACUUCUUACAGUACGACCCCAGUGUGAGACCGGGCGAACCCACAGUGACAAGAAAGACGCCAGACUACUUCCUAUGA